AUGAAAACAGGGCCCUGCUUUGAUGAAGGAGACGACAGGGGAGGUAUAGACAGUGUCACGGGCAGAGGGUGUGGCUGCCGCUUUUCUUCUGAGGAAACUCUGGCCAUCCCUGACUGGCUCCUUCUUACUUGUGACAUCAGACCCCUUUGUGGUGGCGGGGCUGGUUUGGUGACCCCUCUCAAAGCUCAUGGGCCUGAAGUUGUUCUAAUGGCUUGCCUGGGAGUCAUUCUUAUGGGCCGGCCCCCCAGCUCGGGGUCGGGGAGGCCGGAAUCCUGGCCUGGUGUCCAGCAGAGCGGCUUCCCUCCUGUAGUGACCUGCGAGAUAGAGGCGCCGCUGCGUGCCCACCGGCCUUUUAACAGCGUUCCCAAAGGAAGCAAGGCGAGCGGCGCCCUGUUCACGCCCGGGGCCCCCUCGCUGCAUCAGUGCAGACCGGAUGCCAUCCGCUAUGAUCCCAGGAGUGCCGUGAGAUGCCAGCGAGACUCUGCGGGGCUGUCAGACGGGGAGGCCCGCAGAAAUGCCGGGAGGGCUCGCUGUCUGUGGCAAAGGAGGGCCCGCUUGGGACACGAGUGGCCCAUGGCCUGCUGCUCUGGGCCAGCCUAUGCUUAUGAAGCACCCCCUGCGUACCAGGCACGGCUAAGCCGGGGUGCUGGUCCUGAAGAGCUCACUCUGGAGUGGGAGAGCCUCUUGGGGAGUUUUGCAAGUGCACAUUUGAGGGCUCUGCUCCGAGUUCAUAUUUUAGCCAUCAAGCAUGCAGAUGUUUCUGACCCAUCACCAUCAGACUGUGGGCCCCGCACUCUGGAUCCUCUGUGCCUGCACCCGCAGGUAUCUAUCUGUAACACAGAGUUUGGGGUGUUGGUCUCCUCCUCAGAUGGGCCACUGAACUACCCUGGCCCUGGGGAAGGACAGCAAACAAGCAGUGGCUGGUGUCAGAAUUCGAUUCGCCACAAUUUGUCCCUGCAUAGCAAGUUCAUCCGAGUGCAGAAUGAAGGAACUGGGAAAAGCUCCUGGUGGAUGCUUAAUCCAGAGGGAGGGAAGAGCGGGAAAUCUCCUCGGAGAAGAGCCGCCUCCAUGGACAACAACAGCAAGUUCGCUAAGAGCCGAGGCCGAGCAGCCAAGAAAAAAGCGUCUCUGCAGUCUGGCCAGGAAGGGAGUGGCGACAGCCCUGGACCACAGUUCUCCAAGUGGCCCGCCAGCCCCGGCUCUCACAGCAACGACGACUUCGAUAACUGGAGCACGUUUCGCCCUCGUACGAGCUCCAACGCUAGUACCAUCAGCGGGAGACUCUCUCCCAUCAUGACCGAACAGGACGAUCUUGGCGACGGGGACGUCCACUCGAUGGUCUAUCCUUCGUCCACCACUAAGAUGGCGUCCACUUUGCCCAGCCUGUCGGAGAUCAGCAAUCCCGAAAACAUGGAAAACCUCUUGGAUAAUCUCAACCUUUUGCCAUCGCCUACUUCCUUAAGCGUGUCCACUCAGUCUUCUCCCGCCACGAUGAUGCAGCAGACGCCCUGCUACUCGUUCACCCCUCCCAACACGAGCAUGAAUUCGCCGAGCCCCAGCUACCAAAAAUACACUUACGGUCAGUCCGCCAUGAGCCCGCUCCCCCAGAUGCCUAUGCAGAGCCUCCAAGAUGGCAAAUCGAGCUACGGAAGCAUGAACCAGUAUAACUGCCCCGCGGGGCUGCUCAAGGAACUGCUCACCUCUGACUCUCCUCCCCACAAUGACAUCCUGACGCCCGUCGAUGGCGGCGUGGCUCCGCCGGGCGGCCGGGUGAUGAGCCAGAACGUGCUGAUGGCCCCGAGCCCGGUGAUGCCUGCCUACGGCAGCCAGGCGUCCCACAACAAGAUGAUGGGCGCCGGCGCCCACCCGCACCCGGGACACUCUCCGCAGACCUCCGCCGUCAACGGGCGCGCCUUGCCCCACGUGGCCAGCGCCAUGUCUCACCCCUCGGGCUUGAGCCGCCUGACCCCCGUGAAGCCCUUGUUGCAAGUGCCUCUGCCCCACCCCAUGCCGAUGAACACCGUGGGCCCCUACCCUGCUGUGAACAGUUGCAACGGCUACGGAAGGAUGGGCCUUCUCCACCAGGAGAAGCUCCCCAGUGACUUGGAUGGCAUGUUCAUCGAAGGCUUGGACUGCGACAUGGAGUCCAUCAUCCGCAACGACCUCAUGGACGGAGACACGCUAGAUUUUAACUUUGACAAUGUGUUGCCUAACCAAAGUUUUCCGCACAGCGUCAAGACGACGACACAUAGCUGGGUGUCGGGCUGAGGAGGAGGCAGCAGAGCAGGCUACACUUAAAAGUACUUCAGAUUUGUCUGACAGCAGGAACUGAGAAAAGCAGUCCAAAGAUGUCCUUCACCCUCGUUUUAGUUUUCUUGAUAGAAAAAAAAACACAACGCAACGCAACAAAAAGCAAAAACCCAUGUUCCUUUUUUUCCUUUCGUCAGACUUGGCAGCAAAACUACUUUUCCUGUACAGGAUGUUUGCCCGAUGUUUGCAGGUUAUGUGCUGCUGUAGAUAAGGACUGUGCCAUUGGAGAUUUCAUUCAUUACAAUGAAGUGCCAAACUCACUACACCAUAUAAUCACAGAAUAGACUUUCGGAUCAUGGAGAGCUUUAGAGUUUGUAUAUAAGCAGUAGAUAAAGAAUUGUGUGUGUGCGUGUGUGCGCCUGUGUGUGUGUUUAUAUGUUUUUGUUUUUUAAGAAUAUCCAUUUGGUCCAAGGAAAGUUUAUACUCUUUUUUGUAAAGCCGUGAUGGUCUCAUGUCCUACGUAAGUUAAUCAUUUUUGUUCGUGCUACCUGUGUUCCUCUGAACUGAACUGAUGACUCACAGUGAACCAAGAUCUCCAUUCAGUAGCUCCAGGACAGCCCCGGACUUUAUUCAGGUUGCCACGUAAUUCAUAUGAGAAAGAAAUAGCCUGUUAGGAAUCAGCAGAGUUAAUUGACUUGUCAACGGUUUUGAAACAAUAGAUUAAAUACCAGCUCA